AUGAUGGUUGCAGCAUCUGCCAACACUCUCAACCAGGUGUUCGACGUAAAGAAUGAUGCUAAAAUGAAAAGGACAAUGCGACGGCCCCUACCAUCAGGGCGUAUUAGUCCUGUGCAUGCUGCCAUGUGGGCUACAAGUGUUGGAGCUGCAGGAACAACAUUAUUGGCUUGCAAGGCUAAUUACUUAGCUGCUGGGCUUGCAGCAUCCAAUCUCAUCCUGUAUGCAUUUGUAUACACUCCACUGAAGCAAAUACACCAUGUCAAUACAUGGGUGGGAGCAGUUGUUGGGGCCAUUCCGCCACUUCUAGGGUGGGCAGUAGCAGCAUCAGAAGUGUCACUCAACUCUAUGAUUCUGCCUACUGCUUUGUACUUUUGGCAGUUAUCACAUUUCAUGGCCCUUGCGUACUUAUGCUGUGACGACUACGUUGCUGGAGGGUACCGAAUGCUCUCUUUUGCUGAUCCUAGUGGUAAAAUAACUGCAUGGGUAUCACUCAGGAAUUGCCUCUACAUGUUGCCGUUGGGGUUACUUGCAUAUAAGUGGGGUCUAACAUCUGGAUGGUUCAGUUUUGAAGCAUCACUUCUAACGACGGGCCUUACCAUUGGAGCUUUAUCAUUUGACUUAUAUUGCAUCGGCUGCCUAACCAAUGAGACUACUGAGAUCGCUGUGGUUCUUUGUGUUGCUGAGCUGCGGGACGACGAAGAAAGUGCUAGACAGAAACGGGAACAUUAUCGUGCUCAAUCACGCCCUCCAGUUGACUAUGCUUCUGUAGCCCAAUUCCCCUUCUUACCUGUACCUGUGUACAUAUCUGCACAAGCUCAUGAGUAA